GUCGCUGACUUCUCCGACAAACUUCUGACCGAUUCGCGUCUGCGUCUGUUGUCAUUUUCCCCUCAACUACGCGCUAAAAUGCUCUGAGCUGUAUGCUCCAAGUUUGGAUAACACCCGCUGGACGAUCCUCAAAUCCUCAACAGAAAGAUGGCGAAUAUGUGGGGCAAGCUGGUGCUGCAGUUCUUCAAGUAUGCGCCCAGCUAUGUGGUUUGCCUCAGUUUCCUACCCUGCGGCAUGAUCUUCGGCUACACGAUCUGCGCCUUUGUGGCGGUACGGAACGAGCAGGCGAUGGGUCUAACCUACUAUGGACCCCUGAUCCUGGGUGCCUGCUGUGCAGCAAUCACAGCCGUGGCCAUGCUAACGGUUAAAUAUGUGAAAAAGUGCAUUGUCUACUGGCAAUCAUGGUUGCUCCUCGUCGCAGGUGCCUUCAAUCUCAUUGCCAGCUGUUUUUACUUUGCCGAUGGAUUUGACCACGUCGGGGCAUACAUUUCGUAUGUGGCCCACAGCAUGACCUUUGUGGCCGGCUUCAGUUUCCUGCACACCAUUAGCUCCAAGGCCAGCCGCUCGGCCAUGCUCUCGGCCAGCUGCAGCUGCUACCUGUUGGGCGUCGCCUCGGCGGUAAGCCUGAUCGUUGGCACCUACAGCAGGAAUGUGAAACAGUGGGCGGGACAGACACCGACGGCGGAGCAACUAACCGACGAUCUGUAUGUGAAUUUUGCGGGAACCUACCUGAGUGUAACGGCUGCUAUGCUGGCUAUCCUAGUGGGCCAGAAGGUGCUCCAUUUCCUGGGUACUGUGGAUUUGGUUAAUAGUCUGGACAACGAGUUGCGGAUAGCCAACUCCAACGGCAGCAUCUUCGAGGCGCGCUCGGAGGUGAUCAAGCGACUGCAGUUCUUUUACGUGACCAAGAACCAGGCGUGGAACAUGAUGCUGCUGGUGCUCUUCACGGAGGCUGUUCAGUUCGCCCUCUUUGUGUACUUCAUCUACUGGUUCAGCCUGAACGAGGCUGUUCGGCUGACGGAACUCUCCGGCAUUGACGGCAUGUUCUGGGCAAUCUUUGCUGGCAGCCUUCUGGCCCCCCUCUGCCAGUGGUUCCUCUCGGUUAAGGUCACCUUUGUGUCUGGCCAGAUGGCGCUGGUACUCUUCACCCUGGUGGCCAUGAUCCAGUGCAGUGUCUCGGACUCCCGAUGGUCGCUCUGGCUCUUACUGGUCCUCUUCGGACUGUCCUACUCCAGCCAGCAGAUAGCUCUGCUGGAGGUCACCCACCUGCGCUUCACCGAGUGCGUCGUGUGCUGUUCGUACAUCUUCAAGCUGGUCAGCACCAGCAUCGUGUUCUUGUACUUUGUUUCGGAUGCCAAGAACUCCUACUUCUAUGCCACCGACUCGAGCAUCCUGGUGGCCCAGGGGUUCGUCUUUAUGAUCAUUAGCUCGCUGCUGGCUUUGAUUGUGGGCAUGAAGGUACCGCGGACGCACCGCGCCCUCCUCCUGGACAUCCAGUACGAGCUGUACGGCAUUAUCUUUAUGAAUCAUCAGAUCGAGCAGCUCAAUGUCCGCUGGCUGAACGACGGCACCAUACCCACCAUCAGCCAGUGAGUAGCGAAUACCCUGGACACCUGUGCAUCUAAAAUGAGGGAGCUCUGGGAGAGACCUGCCAAAGCAUUGCCAAGAAAAAGAUAUGAAUUCUGUAUAAUAAAGAGAGAAAAAAUACA